UUUGUAAUGCCAAUAUACAAGAACCAAGACAAUAUUAGAAUAUAAUAUAUUCAUACUGUGCAUAAGUAUGUAAUCGAAUAUUAUUACGAUAUAGUGAAAAUAAUAAGUAAUUAUAUAUCACUUUAUUAAGUAUUUGUGCAAAAUGACAGAAAACUUGCAGCAUUUGGGCCAUGUGGAAUUAGAAGAGUUUGUGCAUUCCUCCAUAAAUUACAUGAUGGGAUUAUCUAUACCCGCUGAAAUAUCACAAGAUUUAACAAAGGAAGAUUUAGAAACAGCGAGAAAAUCAUUAAACUCAAUCUUAUGUUCAGUAGCAAUGCUUGAACAUGAAAACGAGGUGCAAAAUAAUCUGUAUGAAAAAUUACCAAACUUAGAAAAAUCUCAAAAGGAAUGCAUUUAUGAAAUCUUUAAAAUUCGUAGAACUGAUAUUAUGAAAUACAUGGUGAGUAAAAGUAGCAAGAGAUGA